CCGGGAUAGCCCUGCUGUAUGAGCAGGCUUGAGCUGAGGAGUGAACAGCAUUGACGGUGCACAUACUGCGCAGUGAAUACUUCGCAAUAUGCGUUGUAAACAUAUGCCAACAUAUGGUUAGGCAGUAGACAUCACUGCAAAGCCUGAGGGAGACCAAACCAUAUGCGGCGUUUCAGUGUUUAUGUUUGAAAAGCUCAGGUGUGUGGUCAGCAGUGCUUACGACGAGGAUCAUACCCAGGCGGCCAUGGCCAACUUCAGUUGUUCCAACACAGUUUUUGCCUUAGAGCUGUUCCGCGCUCUGAGCCAAGCCAACCCUGCUGGGAAUGUCUUCAUCUCCCCUUUGAGCAUCAGCUCAGCCUUGGCUAUGGUCUACCUGGGCGCCAAAGGAGACACAGCCACCCAGAUGGCAAAAGCCCUCUCAUUCAGCUUGGAUAAAGACAUCCACACAGACUUCCAAACACUCAACGCUGCCAUCAACUCACCAUCCGCUUCAUACAUCCUGAAACUAGCCAACCGCCUUUAUGGAGAAAAUACUUCCAACUUCCUCCAGGAAUUCUUGGAUGCCACACAGAAAUUCUAUGAUGCAGACCUGAAGGCUGUAAAUUUCAUCGGGGCCCCCGAAGACUGCAGGGUGGAGAUCAACAGCUGGGUGGAGCAGCAGACCGAGAAUAAGAUCAAAGAUCUUCUGAAGCCAGGCACAGUCAGCAGUAUGACAAGAUUGGCCCUGGUCAAUGCCAUCUAUUUCAAAGGCAACUGGAUGAACCGCUUUAAUGAGGAAAACACCCAAGAGAUGCCCUUUAAAGUCAACCAGAAUGAGACCAGGCCAGUCCAGAUGAUGUACCAGAUGAAAAAGUUGCCCUUCAAUUACAUCCCGGAGCACAGGCUGCAGAUCCUGGAGCUGCCCUACAUGCAGCAAGAGCUCAGCAUGUUCAUCCUGCUGCCUUUUGAGUCUACAGAGUGCUCUGACCCCCUGCUCCAGCUGGAGAAUGAGCUAACCCAGGAGAGAUUGGAUGAGUGGACCAACAGAGAAAACAUGGACAUCCACUCAGAAAUCAUAGUUCAUCUUCCCAAGUUCAAGCUGGAGGAGCAGUACGAGCUGAUGGAGCCUCUGGCCAAACUGGGCAUGACAGAUGUGUUCAGCGGAGACACGGCAGACCUGUCCGGAAUGAAUGGCGCGGGAGGCCUCUUCCUGUCUACGGUGGCCCACAAGGCCUUUGUGGAGGUGAACGAGGAGGGCACAGAGGCUGCUGCAGCCACAGCUGGUAUAGCAGCCUUUUGUGCGCUGAGAGAAGAACGCUUCACCGCAGACCACCCCUUCCUCUUCUUCAUUAGACACAACAAGACCAAGUCCAUUCUAUUCUUUGGCAGGUUCUCCUCUCCUCAGUAGGCAAGCCAGCCAUAGGAAGGACGAAGUUGAAUUCACAUGAAGAAAAAUGUUGAAAAUUCUCUUAAGGAAGUGCUUUGUUCAACACGCUUUCUGUUGUAACCAUAUUUUGCUAAUACAUAUUUGCAUCUAUCUUAUUACUGACAUGGAUAGCUAUUCCAUAUAAUAAUGGACAUAUAAGCUACUUUUUGAUGCGCUGUUUGUUUAAUAUAAACAAUACAGUGAGUUCCCAAUGUUAGGGAUAGAAUGCUUGAAAUAAAACAUAAAUAAACAAAAUUACAUUCAAUCUAAGACUUUUACAAACCAUUGACCGGUAUCUCUCGGUGUUUAUCCUUACCAGAGAAAUUUCAUAUUGCACUUGUACAGAGAACUGACACAGAAUUCUUUGCAUUGUUUUCAUGAUGGACUGCAUCGGCAUCACUUUUUGUAUCCGAUUCACUUUUUAUAAUGCACUGACAAUGAAACCUAAAUACAUUUUUAAGUGUUGAUUUAAUUCAGACAUUUACAAGAACUUGUUUAAUCUGUCUAAUAAAAUUGUACUGGCCCACCAGUCUUGGAAAAGGAAUUUAGACCAUGCAGAACUCAAACUGAGCUGAAGCCAAUGCAAAUAAAACUCUCUGAAUCAGCAUUCCUGGAAAAACAAAGGGAAUCCUUUCAGCUGCAGGCAGGCGUUUUCACUGGUGACAUGAUCUAACCCAGCAGCAGAGAGUCCACUGCAACUUUAAAGCACUAGUUCCUAGCACUGAUCUGAUUAGCUAAAAUAAGGAGCAGCAUCUUUUUAACAGCAAUAAAGUAAUCAAGACACAAACCUGCCUACAAAGCUUAAUUCACUCCCUUUUGGUCUCUUGCACAAUGUGAUAGUGAGGGUAGGUGGAGUAAAUUUCACAUUUGGUCUGUUCAGGUUGGUAUUUAGGUAGAUGAGGCUGAUCUAUAACUGAAGUACAUACGCAGUAUACUGAGCUGGGUGACAGCAUCAACCUCAGUAUGUGCUCAGUCAGUGCUGUCCUAGUUGCACCUUUCUUUCUUUCCAGUAGGUGGCACACAUGAUUACUAAAUGACAUGGUUUUGAGACACCAGUAUCAAAAAACAAUCUCAAAGCGCCCAAAACUGUAAUAUGUUCAAAGGAGAGUAUUAAUUAUAGUCCUCACAGGGAAAAGGACACCAAAGCGGGCUGUCCUUCGUGCAGCUUUUUACGAAACCUUACAUGUGCA